AUAUCCAGUUUUCAGUCUGAGUUUGUCUUUCGGGCCGUCAACAGCUCUUGUCUUGAGCUCGGAUAGUAAAGGUUAUCAGGUUGAAUAGUGUUGAUGUUGUAUGAGCCGCCUGGAGGUGAAGUAAGAGAAUUUGAAUAUUUUAUGUGGCGGCUGUUUUCAAGGAACACGGAGAUUGGAAGCUGAGAAAUACGGUGCAGUGGAUGAUUUACAGCCGACGAAAAAAAAAAUACGAGUGCAAUGGAAGGUCAUAAAGUGUGAUUUAUGCGAAGGAUUAUAGAAUAUUUGAGUGAGUGACAACACUUGUGUGCGGGAAGAAUAGAAAAACAAAUCGAAUAUAUUUGUGUGAUUAAUACUGCUGAAGUUGGAAUACCCAAAUGGUGAUAUUGGAAGGAACAACAAUGUUGCAAAUCGGAAAUAAUCAGUACCUUCAACCGGAUUACCUGUCGCCGCUUCCAACCACGUUGGAUGCCAAAAAAAGUCCACUGGCAUUGUUGGCGCAAACUUGUAGCCAAAUCGGUGCUGAUUCUGGAAAUAUAACCGUGAAAUCGUUAGUGUCCCCGUCGGAGAAAAACAAGAAAACUUCAACGUCAUCAACAUCUUCGGCUGCUUCGGCAGAAAAUGGGAUGAUCUCGAACAAUUCGCGGUCACCGUCGGUGAAAACAGAAAAGUCGGAUGCGUCUCCGGAACUUAAGUUGGCUUUCAAGCCGUACGAAAUGAAUGUGCUUACGACGAAAGUGAAGAACGAAGAUCGCCCAUCGUCCAAGAUGAGCAGUGGAAGUGAUGUGUUGAAUAAUAAUAGUGUAAAUCACGCUAACAAUAAUAAUAGCGGUAACGAUGUGAAGAGAGAAAAUCGCACCUCUUCGCGCGGAAGUGCCGAGUCACCCAAUCGGGUUGGAAGUGUUCACAUGAAAGCUGAAGGCAGUGAUAAUGGAAAAAAUACACCGGAAAGUAGCAGAAAAACUAGCACCCCUAACGAUCGCGACAAAUCGUCUUCGAGUCCGAUUGUCCGCAGUGGCGUUGAAGUCAUGCAUGGUGGAAAGGAUAUGUCGGGUUACAAGCCCGGUGUUUACGGUAUAAAUCCACUAACCGGAUUACCAUCGCCAUCGGGAAUCGAUCACACCAAUCCUGCGUUCCGGCCACCAUUUGCUGGCGCAUUCAGUCAUCAUCAUGCCGCAAUGUUGGCAGCCGCAUAUCCUGGAGCAGCUGCGGCGGCGGCUGGUGCUAAUCCUUACCUCAGUUACACACGUGUUAAGACUCCUUCGGGAGGAGAAACCCUGGUUCCGAUCUGCAAGGAUCCCUACUGCACGGGGUGUCAGUUUUCAGCGCAUAAUCAUCAGAUGAUGAUGGGUGGACAGUGUCCAGCUGGAUGCACCCAAUGUGAUCAUCAAAAGUAUAGUUUCGCAAUGGCUAUGGGUGCGUUGCCGCCGGGAUAUGCGUACCCACCCGCGGCGACCCAGCCGGGACGACCCUACAUGUGCAACUGGGUCAUCGGAGACUCGUAUUGUGGAAAACGUUUCAAUACCACCGAUGAGCUGUUGUCCCAUCUACGAACCCACACCGCUAACCUGUCAGACCCAGCGGCGCUUGCUUUACAACAACAGUUAAUGCCGCUAAGUGGAAUAUUCCCACCAUCUUCGAUGCAUCGCGGUUAUCCAAAUCCACAGCUUAGCCCCCUCUCCGCUGCCAGAUAUCAUCCCUACGCAAAGCCAGGAGCCCUCCCAACUGCGCUUCCUGGCACACCGUACGGAGCGGCAUUCAAUCCGGCCGCCUUUGGGCAAUACUAUUCCCCGUAUGCAGCGGCUUUGUACAGCCAACGGAUGGGAGCGGCGGUUCAUCAGUAAAAAAUCUGGCUCUUCUGUCAAUCCAGGGAUUAUUUUCUAUAAAUCUGUGAUAUUAACUUUAUUCUAUUGCAAAAGAAGAAGAAAAUGGAGCACAAUGAUUCUGACAGUAGCGCGAUUUAGCUUGCAACAAUGUGUAUAUCGAAUCGUGGUUGUGAAACUAGUUUCAAGAGCACUUCUCGUCGAUCGGAAGUAAAAGAAAACCAAAAUAUCCAACAAAAUUCUUCUUUUAACUAGUUUUAAGCCAUGAUUAGUAUUAAUUAUCAGUGUAGGGAUUAUAUUUGGAAGGGAACGAGUGACUUUUUUGUUUUUCUCACGAAGCCGUCGGCAUUUUGUGCUAUUAGCUUAAAACUCGCGUUUGAAAAUGUAAUAUAUCUUAAAUCUUUUUUUUUUUAUAGGCUUCUGAUUCAAUUCACAUUAUUGGCUAUUUAUUGUUCUUGGAAAUUCAAAGGUAACACAAUGAUGCAAUUUCAUGAAUUAAAUUUUCCUCGUUUAUGUUUGUUGAAAAACCAAUUAAAAGUUACAAAAAAAAACUAAAGAAAAGUUGUCAUACUAAAAACCAAUGUCUUACUGUAUAGUACGGGAUGAAUUUUAGAGACAAAAAUAUAUAAAUUUUCAAGUCGAAACUAUUACCUUUAAGUGUAUUGCAGAACAUAAAUAAAAGUAAAAAUAAAUGAUUUUUAUAUGAAAAAUUA